UCCGAGGUUUCAAACGUGACGUAGGGUUGGCGCCAAAUUAGCGCGAGACACGACCAACCGAACUGAGUCUUGGCCACCAUGCAAUGCUGAGACCUGUUGCAGGUGGAAGACGAAUGGAAACCCUGUUUGUACAGACUCCAUCCACCACUGAGCUGGGUAUCUGAUUGCUGUCCACUUUACUUGAGAUAAUUUUAUGGACUUCUGAGUGAAGGAAGAACCACCUGUCCCCUUACCUGGCAGAUUUUGCCAUGCCAAUACCCAGGGAUGACAUGGGUGAGGCACCUCUUACCCGCACUCCAAUUCCAUUGCCUGCUCAUUUCCAUCAGGCUGAGCAAAGCUUUUCACUCAAGAAGAGAGGACGGUCACUCUGCUACACCCUUCCACCUCGUCCUCCGGUAAAAAGCAUCCCACCCAUUAGUCGCAUUUUUCCCAACAGGCAGCGCUCCUGGAGCCAGCCUCGUCCUCAGAGCGUAUCUUUCCGUACUCCUCAAACUGUCCCACCAGCCAGCAAACUCUACGACCAGAGCAAAGGAGAGACCUUCUUUAAGCAGUGCUUCCAGAGCAUCUGCAAGUUGGGCAGAGGGUCCUUUGGCGAGGUGUAUAAGGUGCGAAGUCGUGAAGAUGGCUGCCUGUAUGCUGUAAAGCGCUCUGUUUCACCGUUCCGUGGUGAGUCAGAUCGCCAACGCAAGUUGCAGGAAGUGAGAAAGCACGAGCGUGUGGGACAGCAUCCUAACUGUGUGCGCUUUGUGCGAGCUUGGGAGGAAAAAAGCCUACUAUAUCUGCAGACAGAGCUGUGUGUUGGCAGCUUGCAACAGUAUUCAGAAGAGUUGGCAGUGCCUUUGCCACCACGACAGGUCUGGAAUGUCACUUGUGAUUUGUUACGGGGUCUAAAACAUCUACAUGAUCGCAACCUGUUGCACCUGGACAUUAAGCCAGCAAAUGUUUUUAUUGCCUUUUCUGGGGUCUGCAAGUUAGGGGACUUUGGGCUUAUGGUAGAACUAGAUGGCUCAGACGGAAGUGGAGACGCUCAAGAGGGAGAUCCCAGGUACAUGGCACCUGAGUUGCUUGAUGGCGUGUUUGGGAAAGCGGCUGAUGUAUUCAGCCUCGGGAUGACUCUUCUAGAGGUGUCCUGCAAUAUGGAGCUGCCAACAGGAGGAGAAGGUUGGCAACUGCUGAGGCAAGGACAUCUUCCAACAGAGUUCACAUCAGAUCUGCCCCCAGAUUUCCUGAAAGUUUUGUCAGCAAUGCUUGAUCCUGACCAUCGGUGCCGAGCCACAGUGGACUGGCUCCUCUCACUUCCUGCCAUCCAGCGAGCAGAGCGAUGGAGAAAGCUGACACUUGCUACACAGUGGACUCUAGGAAAGCUUCUUGUUUUGUACCAGCUGUUGGUAUGGCUCCUCUCCUUUGUAGCUGAAAGUCUUAAACGCCCAUUUCUGUGGUUAGUAUGCUGUGUUGGAGGACGAUUGUCUCAGUGCCCCCUUCCCGCCUCUCCUGUAUCUGGCCGUCUGGGUGACAGCAGCAUUUCUAGUGACUGGGAUGAUGAUGAUGAUAGCCUUGGUGAUGAUGUGUUUGAAGUUCCACCUAGUCCCCUGGUCCCUCUGAGGAACCUGACUUAUCAUGGUCAUGAAUUCCCUGGCAGACAUUCCCCUGAUCUGCCACGGCCAUCACUGGGUAGCACUUCCACACCUCGUAACAUGUCCCCAGAGUAUGGGAUAAGAAGGAGGUCAGCUCUGACUCUGACCCCUAAUGUGAGCCGUAUCAGCCAGGACUCUCCAAGUAGUGUGAAAACAUUAAGCCCUAGCAACAGUUCAAACUUAUCUGGAUUUGAGGAUGCUGAUGCUCCACGUUCUUCUUUCCUGCCUCGGAAUCUCCUUACCAUGUUUGAAGAUGUAUCUGAACCGUGAGCAGAGCUUCCAAUGACUGCCUCCUAGAGCAGAUACCAGCUGAAUGUGUAAUGUGUUUGGAGUAUCGUUACAUAUAUGGUGGUGUUAAGGUUUGCGCUGUUGCUUGUCUUGAAUUAUGCAUGGGGUGAUGACCAUUCCCUGCUCAUUGUCCAGAUUGGACUAGAUUUGAAAUGAAGGACUAAGGCCAUGUGCUACUUGUGCUCAAGUGUGAACAUUCCUUGACAAGAAGGCAGCAAUUUAAGGAUUUAAACAUUUUUCCUGCAAACUCUGUGGUGAGGAAUCUAACAGGAGGGUGGGCCCAAGCAGAUUACCAAAUCAGGAACCUGUGUGAAGUACAAUGGGUAUUUUUAUCUUUUAAAUCUUUUUACAUUAUUUCAAGAACCUGGACUGUGAGAAUUCAUCGGAAGCGCGUAAACUCAAGAAGUAUUUUCACUUGUGUUUAGUCUGUUAUAUUUUAUUGUUUAAUUAGGAACUACCUGGCAGCAAUUUCAGUGCGGAUUCAUCCAAGCCCCUCCUUUCUAAGAAUUUUCUUGGUUCUGUUCAGGCGGUGGUGAACCAGUUCAUAUCUCCUUGUUGCAUAGUUCAAGCCACCGAUCAUAUUAAAGCUGACAAUUGGAGCAUGUGCUAGCCAUGUUUUCUGGAUCACUAGACAAGGUACACACUCGAGUAUUCCCCUCCCAUUGCGCUGGGUCGGUCACCAUCCCAGUACACAUUGCAUCUAUAUACUUUUUAUUGAAGGUGCAUAUACAGCCCAUUGCAGGAUACUCUGGGUGCAUACAGCUUCUCUAUCAAUAUUUAAUCUGUAUUAAUAGACAUCAUUUUCCUUACACAGUGGUCAUUUACCUAGCUAGCACUCUGUGUUAGACUGUAAUUUUGAUGAUUAUAUGUAUUCUAUACAUGCAAUCUAUACUGACACAUUUUGGGUUAAAGGGUUUGUUUUUCCCUUUACCUUCAAGUCUACUAAACAAAACUGCUGACUCCUAAAUAGAAAUCAGAGGAAGAGGGUCAUUUCCGUUAAUAUAGUACAUGUGUAACAUUGCUUUUAUUAAUAUGAUAC